AUGGAAAAUGCAAAUGCAAAUGCAAAUAUUUCAGUUUGGUGGGACAUUGAAACCUGUCAAUUUCCAACCAAUAAUUUUGAUGACAUUUACUACAUUGCUAAGAAUAUUCACUUAGCUCUCUCCAAUGUCAACCUUCAUGGCAGACUAACCAUUUCUGCUUAUGGAAACUCCGAUCUCAUCCCUAGUAAGGUUCGACGCGCACUUUAUAUCAUGGGAACCUCCCUCCGUCUCCUCCCCACCAAAGGAGGUGUCUACAAUGGGAUCAUGCCGGAUUUGUUAAUAUGGGCGUUACAGAAUCCUCCCCCUGCCAAUAUUCUUUUGAUUUCCAGUGAUGAUAGUUUCUCAAGUUUUCUUCAUGAAUUUUCUAUGCAAGGGUUCAACAUCAUUCUUUCUGCACCUUCACCGGUUGAUGCAUCCCUCGCCGCAGCUGCCAAUAUAUUUUGGCAUUGGCCCACAUACAUUUCUUGGAAACUCCUUAACGCAAUUCAGCAGAUGACUAUGGAAAAUGCAAAUACAAAUAUCUCAGUUUGGUGGGACGUUGGAAAUUGCCAAAUUCCAACAAACUUUGACAGUAUUGACUGCAUUGUUAAUAAUAUUCGAUUAGCUCUCUUAAAAGCCAACCUUCGUGGCAAACUAUCCAUUUCUGCUUAUGGAAACACAAAUCUCAUCGCUAGUGGGCUUCAACAUGCACUCUCCACCGCAGGCAUCCCCCUAUGUCACGUCCCCAGUGGAGAUGUGUACAAAGUCAUCAUGUUUGAUAUGUUAAAGUGGGUUUUGAAAAAUCAUGCCCCUGCAAGUAUUAUGUUGCUUUCUAGUGAUGUUAGGUUCUCAAAACUUCUUUAUGAUCUUUCUGUAAGAAGGUAUAACAUUCUUCUUUCUGCACCUUCAAAAGUUUGUGCAUCACUCGCCUCCACUGCCAAUGUCAUUUGGCUCUGGUCAACACUCAUUUCUGGUGGGAGUCCUCUAAAAACUGCUGAACAGUUGUCUGCAUCAUUGCUAGACCAAGUCCAGGACGGGGAAAGCAACAUCUAGUGAUGCUUGAUCAAAGAAAACAUUGGUAAACUAAAGAGGAGGCGGAGUACUCUAGUGUAGAUCUGGUUCGUUCUUUUAUGGCAGCUCUACUCGGACGAAUUAUGGAUUCGGUGUUGUAAUGGUCGUUCAUAAAGGACUGCAUGAGGCAUGACUUGUUUCUUAUUUAUGAUAAAUGUUACGAAUCGUUGUGGUCACCAAUAUUUGACAUGGUUUAUAGUAGACUAGGAGUGCUUUGAGUAAUUAAGAACGUCAUUUAUGUGUUUAAUAUUGAUUUCUUUUACUGCAAAUUUGAUGGAAAGAAAAACAGCGUA